AUGGCCAAUUACUUAAAUCCAAAUGAUGACACGGUUUAUAAAGCUUUUCAAAAAGUCGAUGCCGAAUAUUUGCAAAGAAUACCAUCGGUUCCGACAACUCUUGGCGAUGAAUUUACGUGGAAUCCUUUUCUUCGAACAUCUCAACUAACUGAUGGAGGUUCAAUUAAAAUGAGAGCUGAGAAAUUGAGUGAACUACGGAAAAUCAAAGAAGCUUAUAUGGAAAAUCGAAGGACUUUUGACGAAGAAGCUACUGAAAAAAGACGGGAAAACAUUGAUAUCAAGGGU